GCACAAAAGAACAGCCUUACUUCCUUUUUCUCCAUGUGUUCGAGGACCCCUUAAAAUGUCCAUGCUUGCCGAACCUCGUCGUAAACAGAAGUGGUCUGUGGACCCCAGGAACAGUGCAUGGAGUAACGAUGAGUCGAAAUUUGGGCAGAAGAUGCUGGAACGCAUGGGGUGGUCCAAAGGAAAGGGUCUUGGCAAAAGUCAACAGGGGUCUACAGAACACAUAAAGGUUAAAGUUAAAAACAACACCCAGGGUUUGGGCACUUCAAUUAGCAAUGAGGACAACUGGAUUGCCCAUCAGGAUGACUUUAACCAGCUCCUUGCUGAUCUUAACAGCUGUCAUGGACAGAACAACACUGAAAAGGCCACGGAAGAACAAUCCCAGAAUUUCAGUUUGGAAGAAAAAUCCAAGACAUCCAAAAAAAGGGUCCAUUACAUGAAAUUCACCAAGGGAAAGGACCUUUCCAACCGCAGUGAAACUGACCUGGCUUGUAUUUUUGGGAAAAGAUCGAAACGCAAAGCAAAAGACAAAGCUGAGGGAAGCAGUGGACCUGACUCUCAGGAAGAGAGGGAGAGUGAAAACGACACCGAAAAUAACCCCAACCCAGAGGCACAACAAAACACAGUGACAAGCACAUUGACCAUGCAAGAGUACUUCGCCCAGCGCAUGGCCCAGCUCAAGAGAGCUCAGGUGGGAGAUGCCUCUGCAGCAUCUUCACCUGGGGUCAGCAGCAAUGCACCAUCUUCACCUGCCUCCACAGAGGACUCCGCAAACGCAAGCGAUAUGGAACAAUCCAAAAAGAAGAAAAAGAAAAGGAAGCAGGAGAAUAGAGAUGACACAGAGGAGAAGGAAGAAGAUGUUGCAUUGACCCCAGUAACAGAAAAGGGCAUCGGAGAGUCGAGGCGAUCGAAGAAAAAACAAAAGAAGAGCAAACGAGAGGAGUCCAGCACCCCUGCAGUUAUGAACGGUGUCACUGAGGAAGAGGCUUCGAUUCCAGAGAAGAGGCAAAAAACAUCUCCAGAGAUUCAGACAGAGACCGCUGAUGAACAUCUGGUAGUAGAAAAUGUAGAUUCUGAAGUUUCAGCUAAAAAGAAAAAGAAGCGAAAGCAGGAGCAGACGGAGUGACUUCGUAAAAGAUGAUGAAAAUAGAGAAAAACUAUUGAAAUGAUUUUCUAGAACUCAUUACGCUCAAAAUCUGAAUUAUUUUAAUAUUGAGAUCACCAAAAUGAACCCAUGAAUUGACAGUUCAUUAUUGGUUUGUAUCUCUAUAUUUAAACUACAUGACAAAAUAAAAAGGUAAACUACA